AUGUCGACCUGGAACAAGCACUACCACUGGAAGACCAAGGGCUGCACGCCCUGGGCCAAGAACCACAUCACCGAGGCCACCGUCGGCAAACAGGUUACGGUGGGCAAGAGCGGUCAUGUCAAGGUGGACCGUCUUUCGUCCUUCGAGGGCGACGUCGAGCUCGGCAACCGAAAGGGCAAGCUCAUCACCAUCUACGACUGCGCCAUCGCAUACGCCUGGUCUGGAUCGUCGGAUGAUGGCACCGAGGCGAGCGGCACCAUCACUUUCCCAGAAGUGAGCCACGAGAUCGAAGACGAAGGCGACGAGUACCGAUUCGAGACGGAAAUGUCGACCAAGUCGUCAGCAGAGACCAACCAGCUCUACGAUGCCGUGCGCAAGGAGCUGGCACCUUCACUUCGUCCCGUCUUCCACGCUUUCCGCCAGACCCUCAUCGACGCCCACGCCAAAGACCUGGGCCACGAUAGCCCCGCUUCCACUCCCGGCGCCGCGACUCCCACCACCACCUCGACUUCGACAUCUACGACUCCGGCUGCUGCUGCGCCUGCAUCUGCAACUGGCGCUGCACCAAAGCCAUCGAAAGGCAGCGUGUCGACGAGCUCGAGCGACGUGCGCGUAUCCAGCGAACUCGCCAUCAGCAUCUCGGAUCUGUGGGACCUCCUCACCAACCCAUCACGCAUCCCGAUGUGGACGCGAGCACCAGCGCAAUUUGAAGCGAAAGCGGAUGCUGACUUCGCUCUCUUCGGCGGCAACGUGACUGGAAAGGUGAUCAGCGUCGAUGCGCCAAAGCAGCUCAUCCAGAAGUGGCGCACACCGCAGUUUCCCCAAGGACACUACGGCACGCUCGCUGUCAAUCUGACGGAAGGCGGCGACUCGACCAAGCUGGAGCUGGUGCUCAGCGGUGCUCCCUCUGGUGACGAGGAGGUCGUCGAGAAGAACCUGGAGACGUACUACAUUCGCGGUCUCAAGUCGAUGGGUCUUGGCACUAUCCUGUGA